AGUGUGCAUAAGCAACAGUGCGUUCAGUGGGGCUUAGCUGCACAGUACAGGGCGUAGUGUAUCUGCUACAGAAAAUAAAGAGCUUGAUGGCGAUGACGCUCUGCAGCAAGACAUGCAAUACUAGCAAUUGUGUACGUGACCCGUUUAUAACGUCAACUGGUGUUUUUGAUCUCGGGACAGGAAUCGGAGUUGUGGCCGUAAUUUUCGCCGACGUCACAUGCCAUACCAGUGUGGCGAUAGCGGUGUUAGUGAGGGAGGGUGCCUGUCUGUCUCUGUUGAGCAGGAUAACACUGACUGGGCUGGGCUGGAGCCUAACGCAGCAGCGAUAUCAAGCAGCUGGGACAUCCGUUGCCUUAUAGGAACUAUCAGUGCAUAAAGUAGGUAAUAAAAUAGAAAGAAAAAUCAAUCUCAACAGAAUAGACAUCUUCUUCCUGCCUAAUACUUUAUUUCUCAUUUUAAAUCUAUUCCCUGCAGCCGAAACCUGGCCCUCAACUCGGACGGCGCCCCGAGCGUGUGCCCCGCGCGCUGUGCUGGAAAGGCUGCUGGGCAUUUCUGUCCCCCCUGGAACGCGUCUUUGUAACGACCUUCACGUGACUGCCGCCGCCCAAGCUGUCAUCCCACCGCUAUUGGCCCGUGCCAUGUCGCCUUUUCCCUGACGUACGGUAACUUGUUGGAACCCGGCCGACCUUCUAUUCUCAUCUUCUUCAGCAAUCCCGCUUCCUCGCCUCCUUUCGUCCUCUUCUACGACGCCGCUCACCUCUUUUUAUUCCACAAACACAACCGCCCAUCAUGAACCCUGAAUACGACUAUCUCUUCAAGCUCCUCCUCAUCGGUGACUCUGGUGUAGGAAAGUCUUGCUUGCUCUUGCGUUUUGCUGACGAUACCUACACGGAAUCCUACAUCUCCACCAUCGGUGUCGACUUCAAAAUCCGAACCAUCGAACUCGAUGGAAAGACCGUCAAGCUUCAGAUCUGGGAUACCGCCGGCCAGGAGCGUUUCCGAACCAUCACCUCUUCCUACUACCGUGGUGCCCACGGCAUCUGCGUCGUCUACGAUGUCACCGAUAUGGACUCUUUCAACAACGUCAAGCAGUGGCUCCAAGAGAUUGACCGUUACGCCACCGAGGGUGUCAACAAGCUGCUCGUAGGCAACAAGAGCGAUAUGUCUGACAAGAAGGUCGUCGAGUACACCGUCGCCAAGGAGUUCGCUGACAGCCUCGGCAUUCCUUUCCUCGAGACCUCCGCAAAGAACGCCAGCAACGUCGAGCAGGCUUUCUUGACCAUGGCCCGCCAGAUUAAGGAACGCAUGGGUACUGCCACCGCCAACACGAAACCCACCGUGCAAGUCGGCCAGGGCCAGGGCGUUGGCUCGUCCUCCAACAGCAGCUGCUGCUAAGCGGUGAAUAGAUUGAAGGAACUAUAAUGACCUGUGAUUAGAGGGCCAACGAAUGUAAGAUGAUGGACGGUGCAGCAACCACUUCCCCCGAGACAUUUUGAGGCGUCCACGAUUUGGCUGAGGCAGAGGAUUGGUGACGACUUCUUGUUUUUUUCUUCCUUUUAUUACCAUUUUCCGUUUUACCAGUUUAUCUACCUUUGGCCGCGAAUAGAACGAAAUCAUGCCCUCCUUGGAUGCCGCCCCUUUCUCAACCCAUCUGAGCUACCAGUGGCUGCCUGUAUCUAUACCUGUUAAUGCUGUUUUUGUACUUCCUUAAUAUGCCAUAUUGUGGUUGACUGUCUGCCUAGUUGAAGCCUGUUGUUAUGUGCACAUAGUUCAUUUCUCCCUCGUCCGUAGCCACCAACCAGCUAUGAGUACUAGAAUUGAAAUAUGUACGAGAUGAGCAGAAUACGCUUCUUUUAAAUAUGUUUUUAAACAGAAUUAAGUUUAAAAUGCUAUAAAUUAAAAACUAUGUGCUGGGUAUCGUUACAGCAGAUGUUCGAUCCUGCGAAUCAGCUAUAUCUAGGACAAAAGAAAAUGGUCCGUUUCCACCCUAAUUAAUUCCGCUAUGAUGAGACGCUAAUGUGGUUAGACGAGAUAAGAAUACAGGAAGGAAAAAUAUCAUGGCAGGUUGUACAUAAAAACAAAAAUGAAAUAAUAUCGACAAAGACUAAGGAGAUCUUACUCAAUGCCCAGAAACUUGAGCGCCUUGCGGGUAUCAACUGUACGUGGUUUUUGAUGCAUGAAAAGAGGCAUGAGCCUGCGCUCCUCUUCAAUGUCAUAGUCACUCUCUUCCUCGUACAGAUCAAAGUUGGACAGAGAAAGACCAUCGUCAGUGACAGAGCGUUUAUGGAAUGGGCGCUGACUAGGUCGGACACGGAGAGAGCGUCGUGCAGUGUGGAUUGACUCUGGCAGUGAUGGAGUCGGCGAUGGCGGGCCAUUAGUAGGCACAGGGGAUGAGGCAAAGAAUGUGCUAAGUCCAACUAUGCCGCUUGGGAAGCGAAUGGGAUGGCGAGUUUGACGAGGAGGAGCGAGAUCGCGGCGGGAGGCUGAUCGUUCUGCCUUUCUCAUGCUCGCUUGCUUAGCCUGCUUGCUGGAUGGUCUUUGAGACGUAUCGUUUAAGUUCCAAAUGACACCGGCAAAGUCGCUUACAUCGUCCACAGACGCCGUGGCGUUGAUUAAAUAGUUCGCGUUGGAGGUGGAAUCAUCCGAGUAAGCUGCAAGAGACGAGUGGAUGGACAUGACCGACUUGUUGUCAUCCAGGUUGGCUGGGUCAACGAGGUCCAGUUGCUUAAAGGGACUUUUGUUGUCGUCAAUGGCAUUCACAACCUGUGCUACCUUGACAAAAUCGAGACCAGCUAGCUUUUGCAAGGCCAACACAGUAGGUAAAUGCUGCGGAGAAUGUUCCAAGAGCAAAUAGCGAAUGUCGCUAUGGACGGAGAGAUAUCGCUCUAGUUGUGGAAGAAUCAGUAUGGCGAGGAGAACGGGGUUUCUGAAAGGGUCGUCGAGGGUGUGUGUUGAAUGAGGCUGAGGUUUGAAAGCUUGGAUUGUAGUGGCCAUGAGAUAUCUAUAAAAACAAGUCAGUUACAAGUCCUUUGGUGCUAAGCGUGGAGAGAAGAUGCGUGUCAUACCUGAGAUCCAAUCUCGUGCACCGGCCAGUUUGGCUGCCCUUUGUGGCAGAACACUCCAACAGCUUGAAAAGUCGGGAGGAGCGUUCCUUGGACACAUCAGGAUCCCGGCUAAUGGCCAAAAUCUGUUUUAGUGAGCGAGAUUCUGUGGCGUCAGAAUCCACCUCAUCUCCAAAUAUCGGCUGCCAGAACUCGUCCAGAUCUGGUAAGAAGUGGAAUGGGCACUGUCUAUAUCCCUGCGAAUGCGGAGGGAAGUAUGUGCUUAGCACUGAUCUGAUAGAGUUUUGGAUGGCCACCGGUGUCUGCGUAUCUAGGACGCUCAUAUGAUGGAACUUAUGCCGUCCUUCGUCUGCUGGCGGAGGCGUUUGCACUGGCGUCGGUGGUCGUGGGAUACCAGACGGCGAUGGAGUCUUGCAACUUUCUCGCUUCGACAAGGUUGGCGAGCCAUUAGGCGACGGGUGUGUGGGAAGUGCAACGCUAGAACGGCAUAUGCCCAACGCCGUUUCCAGUAUAUCGUCUGACGUGCCCUCACUCAGAUAUAGGACGAGAUCCGCAAAACAGGGGAAUCGUUGUGUUGCAGACGACCUACGCUUAGGUCGUCGUUCUCCUCCUUCACUAAUUGAUGGCUUUUUCUUGCUCUUAGGCACUGGGCUAAUCCGUACAACUGGCUGUUUUGACUUAACCAGAAUAGUUCGCGGUUGGUCUAUUGAUUGAAGACGACUCGAACGAGGAUCGACAUUGUCUGUGACUAGGAUGCAUGACAUGGGCCGCUUAGAUUCAGACUUGGAGCCAAUGGUUGGCGCGGUUCGGGGGCCGUCUGUAAGAUGGCCAGGCUCAAGCAUGGAUCCAAGUCCAUCCGUCUCUUCAAUGGGAGUGUCAUUCAAAUUGAGAACUGACGCCUGUCCGUACUCUAUUCCGUCAGAUGUCGCAAUACUAAACGCAUCCGACAUGGGAGAGACCGCGUCACCACUAGUAGUAACCGUUAAAUGGAUACUAGGUCUUUCGGAGGGGCCUUGGGCAGGAUCGAUGUCAACAUGAUCUUUGUCAGAAGCUACAUUGCUGGGAGAAUCAUAGUUGAUGACAGCGAAUGUUGGUCGUUUCAAAGUUGAAUCUGACGCCUUUUUGGACGGAACAGGUGGAGGUUCCUUCUUCGGCAUUGGCACAGGAGUCAUCUCGCCUUCACCAUCCGAGUUAUCGUCUUCUGAGAAUCCGAGAAUGGGAAGACUUAGGCUUCUGGAUCGCCCUGGUAACGUCAAAUCCAGAUCAGUCGAUUCUUGAAGGUCCGCUGUCUUGCGAUCGAGGGCAUCUGCUGCGAGCAUCGCCUUGAGAAUCGGAUCUUUCGGCUCAGGCUUUUCGAUACGCUUCCGAGGCUUGGCAGCUAUAACAGAGAUGCCUUGAACUUUGCUACUCGAUCGUCGCGUGUGACCAUCAAAAAGUGUUCUUAAAAUAGCUUCUGCAUCCUGCCGGUUUCCUUCAGUUUCAUAUUUCAUCAGGGCUUUGAGACAUAACGUCUGGGCCGUCGCCGAACCGCCAACUAAGAAAACAAGUCUUUUGUCUACUCUGGAAGCACCUCGAAUAAACUCAGCAGCUUCCUCAUUCCGUUUUGUCAAGGCAUCGCGGAUUCGGGUGAGAUGUGUUCUCGGCUUCGAGGGCUGGCGCAGUUCAUCGUAGUCAAGGUAUGCCUCGAUACUCGGUAACACCAAUAUCUGCGGGGAAUGUGGUAGAAGUUGCAGCUGAGUAGAUACUAGUUGGUGGCGACCUUCUACAGCAAUGAUGUUGCCAAACGACCCCUUGGCGCCGAUGCCAUCUCUUUCCAUGGCUGACCAGCUGGCCGGCAGCUUCGGUAAAGUAAACGGUACUGCGUUUUCAACACCAGAGUUUGAGGGGGCGGGAGCUAAUUAUUGCAGUAGAAAAGAAGUUGACCGAUCUUGUAUGCCGUGUUGUAAAGAGAAUAGCUGGGAAUCGUAAAUGUACUGGGAAUGUUCGUAUGGCCGUCGCGAGAGUAGUGGAAAUUAUCGACUUCGGAAUUCAAUGCACUGAAUGGGGCGCUGUCACCGUUUCGUCGAAUUGUUAUGCAGGAAU